AUGACGUUUGUUUCGGACGCAAACCUCUUCAAUAGGGACAAGGAACUUGAUGUACCAACUCCAUUCCUUUUCGAGGACCACCCUCUAGAUGUUGCAGUUUUUGAUGAAGCCGAGGAGGUAGCGCUGUUGUUUGGAACCUAUUCGGUGGCACUCUACAGUUACGAAAAAUUAUCUUCGAACCUCACAAUGCAACGACACGUCCGAUCAGAGAGAUUCGCAUUGAUACUGAGCUCUAUUCUUGUUGGUUCUUCAUGGGAUCAUCUUGUUGUUAUCGCUGGUACAAUGGAUGGUGAAAUUCUGGUCACUGUCCCAUCCACUGGCCCAUCCAUCCGAGCUAAAUUUGAAGGCCACCGAGUAGGUUUAGAAAUCUAUGAUGAUAAUAGUGAAAGCUCGCGCACAGUACAACUCAGGGAAUGA